AUGUCUGACCCGUCAUCCGUCGUGGACGGGAUGGUUGGCGCAUACACUGGCCAAAGCUCCCUGUUGAUCGUGAGUUUUACGACAUUGCUGAGCAUCGCGCUGUACAACUCGCUGGAGCUCGUCGUCCUCAUUUUAUGUACAUUUCGACACUGGCGUGGUCUCUACUUCUGGAGCCUGCUGCUGAGCGGCCUGCUUGGGGUGGUUCCACAGGCCGUCAGCUUCCUCUUGAAAUAUCGGAGCCUGGCACCGCUCUGGUUUUCCCUCACCUUGUCCACGAUCGGUUGGUAUUUUAUGGUCACUGGCCAGGCGAUCGUGCUCUACUCUCGCCUGAAUCUGCUCGUGCAUGACCCCAAAAUUCUCCGUCGCGUCCUAAUCAUGAUCAUCACCAAUGCGAUUAUCCUGCAUGUCCCCACGACCAUUGCCACCUAUGGCUCCAAUUUCGACGGAAACAACAGAUGGAAUCAGGCCUACUCAAUCAUGGAGCGUAUCCAGCUGAUCGGCUUUUCCCUGCAAGAAUUCAUUAUCUCUGGCCUCUAUGCCAUGCAGACGAUUCGGAACCUGCGCGUCGUGCCCCCGAGUUCCCGGAUUCAUCGCUCUCAUCGACAGACCAUGUGGCUGGUACUAUCCAUCAAUAUCUUCAUUAUCUUGAUGGAUGUGGUGCUGUUGGUUAUGGAGUUUCUGAACUACUUCGUGAUUCAAACCACUCUCAAGUCCCUGGUGUACAGCAUCAAGCUGAAGUUGGAGUUUGCCGUCCUCAAUCGUCUCAUCGCCCUGGUGCGACCAGAUCAAGCAUUCUCGGAAGAUGAUUGGCAGCCAUCAAGAAGCCCUGCUCGUGCGAAUGGACAGGAGCAUGAGCUGACAGACUUCAGCGGGUUUUCUCGAGUGGCUUCCGGCGACACCGACGUGGUGAGAAUUGCCGAACCAAACUGCAAGUGA